GAGGCUGUGUAAGCCAGUGGGCGAUUGGGCGGGCUCCCGCCCGCCGCGCCGCCCCCCGGUUUGAGUGUUUUUCUGUUGGGCUCUUGGCGUCUGCAGCACCAGACAGGGUGUGAAAGGACAGCAUGAACUUUACCCCGUCGCAGUCCCCUGUCUGCAGAAAGCCUGCAGCUGUCCACAAGCAUGAGGCUGCUGGCAGCUUCAGCAGCCCCACCAGGUGGAAGGGUGUGUCCUUCUCCGAUUCUGUACAGUCGACUCCCCUGCCUUCCGUGGAGGAUCGCCUGGCUGUCCUCUGCCCCUCUCAGGAGCUUCUGGAGUAUUAUCAGAAGAAGAUGUCUGAGUGUGAGGCAGAGAGCGAGGAGUUGUUGAAGAAGCUGGAGCUGUACAGGGAGGCGUGCGAGGGGCAGCAUAAACUGGAAUGGGAUUUGCAGCAGCGGGAGGAAGAGAUUGCUGAGCUGCAGAAAGCUCUGAGUGACAUGCAGGUCUGCCUCUUCCAGGAGCGAGAGCACGUCCUACGCCUCUACUCAGAAAAUGACCGCCUAAGAAUCAGGGAGCUAGAAGACAAGAAGAAGAUUCAGAAUCUCUUGGCUCUUGUGGGAACAGACACUGGAGAAGUGACCUAUUUUUAUAAGGAGCCUCCCAACAAAGUCAGCAUUCUCCAGAAGACUGUCCGGCCUGUAGAAGUACGUGAAAAGAAUGAGUCUUCAGCUCUCAGAGCAGAUUCUAAAGGCAGCAGGAGGAAAUCAGCAGGGAGAGAAAAGGAGGUGAGCCCUGGGCUGCAUCAGAGAGAUGUCCAGACCCUCGCCCUCCAGGUGGAGGCGCUGCAGGCACAGCUGGAGGAGCAGACCCGGCUCUCGCGGGAGCAGGUGGCAGGGCUCAUGGAGGAGAGGCGGAUCCACAUCGAGGAAGUGCAGGUUCAUCAGCAGAGAAGCCGGGACAGAAUCACGGAGCUCACCAGAAGUCUCCACCACACCCAGGAGCUGCUCUACGAGAGCACCAAAGACUUUCUGCAACUCAAAUUUGAAAACCAAAAUAAGGAGAAGUCCUGGAUGCUUGAAAAGGAUCACUUGAUGUCAAAGAUUAAGGAAUACAGGGUGCAGUGUAAGAAGAAAGAAGAGAAAAUGGGGAAAAUGUGGCUAGUUCAUGAGAGUCAUCACAACCAAAAUGAAUAUAUUAAGUCCCUAAAGGAUAAGCUCAUACAAGAGAGAAGGCUGUCCAGCAUGUACCAAGAGCAGUGCAUUUCCCUGGAAGAAGAGCUGGCCCGGAUUCGUGAAGAGGAAGGAGCAAGGAGAGAGAUCUUUAAGGACCGCACCAGCAAGAUGGGGAGACGCCUGCAGGCCAUGACUAAGCGCUAUGAGGCCUUGGAGACCCGGCGUGUCUUAGAGGUGGAAGGCUUUAAGACAGACAUUAAGAUUCUCCGGCAAAAACUAAAAGACGUGGAGCAGAUACUUUAUAAGGCCACACUCAACGCCCAGGCAAACCAGGAUCUUGCCAUUCUGUGUGAGGUUCGUGACAGCAAUCGACUGGCACACAAGAUACAGGGAGAACUGAGGAACCUCAAGUCCAGAGUGUUUGGUCUAGAGAACGAACUUAGGCUAUGCUGAUAGUACAUUUUAGGAAUGGCACAGGUCUGGAGUAGGUCUGCUUCCUGAAAUUCAAGGAGAAGGUCAUCCACUCCCAGCAACCAUAGGCACGGAGUUGUCCAGAGUAGCGGUGUCCAUUGUUACGAAGACAAGGGGAAGAAUCAACUUUUUUUUUGUAUUCUAAGAUUUAUGGGUUUUGCUGUCCUGUUAACUGAUACUCGGGUUUUUUGAUUAAUUAAAUUUUUUAUUUUUUUGGUCUGGAUUACAACCUGAAUUACUUAGAGAUUUUCCCACAUUAUUUGGGAGUUUAUAAUGAUAGGGGGUUUUUUUGUUUGUUUGUUUUUGUGUUUUUAAGACAGUGACAAAAAGGAAAGUGUUUAUUUUUGCUGUUGGCUUGGCUGAGUGUUAAGGGAGGAACACUUCCCCCAGGAGGUCAAGACUCCCGCUAAGAUUACCUUUCUCCUGGGCAGGGGGCAAAGGCCACAGGACACAGGCCAGUCAGACAGGAACCAGCCUUAAUUCUCUCAGCCCUAAGCUGAGGGGCCCUUGUUCCUUUCUGGACAGCAGCCUCAAGAAGUGGCACCAGAGGGCACUAGAGACCCUCCUCUUAAGCAAAAUAAUCUGGGACCAUAAAGAUGCCACUUUGGUAAGAGUGAGUGAAAAAUUCAGUAUUUUACCAGUACUGUGUGUUGUUUUUUUUUUUUAAUAAUGUAUAUAUUUUAAAUUAGCUAUUUUUCAAUAAAACAUAAUGGAAA